CAAUAAGACAACCACUUAUCGCGACUUCAAUUAUUGGCGACGCGUAGCGACACGUCGAUUCUUGUCGCGAUCUUUGGAUCAUCUUCAGCAGGAUUGUUCCUCACCUCGGAUUAUCGCAACUGGCUGACACAGAAAUUGGUGCCCUGCGAGAUCUGCGCUGACUUACCCCGCGUUCACCCCUUUAUCCUCUCCAGUGUUCUUUAUUAAUUUUUUUUUAUUUCUUCUUUGCUGCCCGUCAUAUACUGUCGGUUCCCGAACCCCGGCUUCCGCUCGGAACCCACGCAGAUCAUCUGGGCCAUACAUCUAUCUGCCUUCAGACAUGCAUAUGGUAUAACGUCCGGCGCAAUUUCCGACUGCACAAAUCCAAACGCCUCAUUUCGCGAUUAGGCCUAAUCCUGCAAAGAAUACAUUAACCCGUCAUGUCCGUUCCAAGACCUGGAAUGCGGCCUAUGCCGCCCCGAAGUGGCCCGAGGGCGCCUUCAAUGGGACGUCUGGCCAGUCUCAAGCCACCAAGCUCGACUCCCAUCAGGCGUCCCCAGCCUAUCUCCCGGCCUCAACCUGUCAGGCCGACAACCCAUCCCAAGACCACUACCUGUCCCAACCCGGGCUGCCCUGCCCCUCAGAUCGUAGAGGAUGACGGACAGAAGGUUUGUUCCGGGUGUGGUACUGUCAUUAGUGAGGCAAACAUUGUCUCUGAAGUCACUUUCGGUGAAACCUCCUCGGGUGCUGCCGUCGUGCAGGGAACGUUCGUCGGCGAAGACCAAUCCCACGUCCGCAGCACGGGUCCUGGUCGAUUUCAUGGCGCCUCUGAAAGCCGUGAGCUUACCGAAGCCAAUGGUAACCGUUAUAUUACGCAGCUGUCCCGCGCCUUGAUGAUUCCGGAGAGUGCCUCAAAAGCUGCUACGCAGGUGUUCAAGCUGGCGGUCGGACUGAACUUCAUCCAAGGUCGCAGGACCAAGACGGUUGCGGCUGUCAGUUUGUACAUCGCCUGCCGUCGACAGGACGGCAACACGGUCAUGCUCAUCGAUUUCGCCGAUGUGCUGAUGCUGAACGUUUUCAAGUUGGGCCGAACAUACAAGGCUUUGUUGGAGGAGCUACGUCUCGGUGGCACCAUCUUCCUCAUGAAUCCCAUUGAUCCUGAGAGCUUGAUAUAUAGAUUUGCCAAACAACUGGAAUUUGGGCCUAGCACAAUGCAGGUUGCUAGUGAGGCGGUCCGCAUUGUGCAGCGCAUGAACAGAGAUUGGAUGACUACAGGUCGUCGCCCUGCUGGUAUUUGUGGUGCAGCACUGAUUCUUGCUGCCCGCAUGAACAACUUCCGCCGUACGUGUCGAGAAGUGGUAUACGUGGUGAAGGUGACCGAGAUCACCAUCAAUCAAAGACUCAACGAGUUUAGCUCGACCGAGAGCGUUCAAUUGGAGAAUGCGCACGACCCGCCCUCUUUUGCUCGCUCUCGAGAGGGACGAAAACCAUCGCGGUCCUUCAAGAGGAAACCCGCUGAGACCGCCGCAGAAAUUGAGGGUGAUGUACCAGAAGUCCAGCAGCCAAGGCGGGUGGAUUCCGAUGGCUUCGCCAUUCCUAAUCUGCCCAUCGACCCGGCGUUGAUGGCUACCGAUCAAAAUCAGAGAAGGCAGUCGACUGCCUCCGUGGCAAGUGACGCGACAUCGGAGCUUGGAGAAGACACCGCCACGGUUCGCCCGAAAGGGAAGAGACCCCAGUUGCCUCCGCCAUCGGCGGAACAAAUCGCGUCUGAGGAGGCGCUCGAGAACGAAAUGGCUUCUUAUCUAACACAGGGCUCCAACAUGGUGGAGAGCACCCUCAUGCCGCCCAAGCCCACCGUGUCCGAUAGCGCAGAGAUCGAUGCUGCUGAGUUCGAAUCGGAUCCCGAGGUGGCCCAUUGCUUACUUUCUCCUGCUGAAGUGGAGAUCAAAGAGCGAAUCUGGGUCCACGAAAACAAAGACUAUCUGCGCGCACAGCAGGCCAAAGCCCUGAAACGCGCCUUGGCGGAGGCUGAAUCUCAGCCGGGUGCCGACGGCCGAGUCACCAAGCCUAGAAAACGCCGCAAAGGCCGACUGGGAGAUGUCACCUACCUCGAAGGCGACGCAGAAGAUGGAGAUGGACGGAGCACCCGUGCUUCGACCCCCGCCGAAGCGACCCGUCGCAUGUUGGAACGCAGAGGGUUCAGUAAAAAGAUCAAUUAUCGACUCUUGGAUUCUCUCUUCGACGAAGGAGGCAACGAUGAGGCUUCGAAAGCCAAAGCCGAGAGUCUUAGUCGAAGCCAAAGCCGCAGUUAUAACCAGGGACUUUACUCGGGAAUCGUUUCUAACGAGAAUUUUCUUGAGGUUGUGGAUCAUCCUGGCUCGGCCAUGGUCGGAUUCAUAGUGGGUAUAUACAACCUAGGAUGCCUGCUUGGGACGGUGAUUUCGUUCCUGCAAAGUGACCAGCUCGGGUUUCGAAGGUCGAUGUGGUUCUCGAUGGCUGUGAUCCUGAUUGGCGGCGCGGCUCAGACAUGUUCAUUUUCCAGGACUCAGACACUCGUGACCCGAUUCUUCACGGGCAUUGGGACUGGAGUGAUGACAGCAGCUGUGCCGGUGUAUCAAUCGGAAUUGUGCGACGCACGGAAACGAGGAAUGUACGUCUGUAGCCAGCCUCUUGCAGUCAGUAUCGGCAUCUGCGUGGCUUAUUGGUUUGACUACGGUUUGAGCUAUGUCGACGGCUCCAUCAGUUGGAGACUCCCAGUUGCUUGUCAGAUACUCCUCGCAGUUGGAGUGGCUGUCCUUAUUCUCGGACUCCCAGAAAGCCCCCGAUGGUUGUAUCGCCACAAAAAGGAGGAAGCUGCAUUACGCGUGCUCUGCGACUUCUAUGAUCGACAGGCAGAUGACCCAAAGGUCAUUCAAGAGGCAGAAGGCAUUCGCCGCGCCAUCGAGGCUGACAAUGCCCGAGGGGAGUACAGGUGGUCUCAGAUCUUCAAGAAGGAUGAGCUCAACACCGGGCGCCGGGUCUUGCUGGCCUAUGGACUGCAGUUCAUCAACCAGAUGGGAGGUGUCAAUGUGAUUGUUACCUACUCGACAAUUGUCCUGCAAUACAACGUGGGCCUGGAUGCCAAGUUGAGUUUAUUGCUGGGUGGAGUCAUUGAGCUCAUGUUUGUCAUAGGGUCCUUUUAUCCCACUUUUUACGCCGAUCGCCUGGGACGUCGAGGCCCGAUGAUGUGGGGAUCGUUCGGGCAAUUCCUAUGCAUGCUACUGAUUUCCAUUCUUCUAUCAUUUAAGGGUAAUAAGAAGCUCGGAACCGAUCUCGAGCGACCAACCGCCACGGCGUCAGUGCCGUUUUUCUUCCUCUUCAUGCUCAUCUUCGGAGCGUCUAUCAACUGCAUACCGUGGGUGUACGGACCGGAGAUCCUUCCCCUGCAUGUCCGCAACAAAGGGUCCGCCAUCGGUAUCUCAGCAAAUUGGCUGUGGAAUUUCUUCGUCGCAAUGAUCGCCCCCGUCCUCAUCCAGGACCUGGAAUGGAAGGGGUACCUUAUCUUCAUGUGUUUCAAUCUUCUCUUUGUGCCGAUCAUCUACUUUUACUACCCUGAGACGGCCAAUAUGAGUCUGGAAAACAUCGACCAGCUCUUCAUGGAAAAGAAGGCAUACCAGUCUGAAGAAUCGGGUCAGACUACAAAGGGGUCUGUGACAUGCACGGAGGUUACGGAGAUACGCCUGUGAGUGGACGUUCGUUUUUGAGGUGUUGUGCGGUGGAGUUGUGGUGGAGUUGCGGCGAGGUGGAGGGAGAAGUGUCGUUGAUUGGAGAGACUGUAUCGAUGGGAGAAGGUGGAAGCAGGGAGCUGGUUGAGAAAUGGAUUCGAGCGAUGAGAUGAAGGGGUGGUGUAUUGACAGUGGGGCUCGAGUUGUUUUUCAUCGUAGUCAUAAGUUCUUAAUCGUUAGCAAAUAGUUUAUAUCCUGUAGACACAAGUACUAG